AUGUAUUUGGGUUAUCAUCUUAAAAUAGAUCAUGUUCUCUUUUUUGGCUUUCAUUUUUUCCUCCUGUUCUUUCUUUCUUUCUUUUUUCUUUCUUUCUUUCCUUCUUUCUUUCUUUCCUUCUUUCUUUCUUUCUUUCUUUCUUUUUUCUUUCUUUCCUUCUUUAUUUCUUUCUUUCUUUUUUCUUUCUUUUCUUCUUUCUUUCUUUCUUUAGUAUAUCUCUGUUUUAUACUUUUUUCUCUCCUCUCUUUCACAGAUAUGCUUUUUCAUCACUCUUCUUUUUAUUUCUUCUUUCAAUAUUUCUCUCCUCUGUUUCUCUUUGCUCUUUCUCCUUUACGCGUUCUCUCUCUCUCUCUCUCUCUCUCUCUCUCUCUCUUUUCUCUCAUUUUCUCUUUCAUGCUUUUCUUUUUCGUUCCUUUUCUCCCCCUACUCUGUCUCUCUAUCACCCCCACUUUCCAUCAUCAUUUUUCUAUUUUCUAA